AAGUGGUUAGUUUGUGAUAUGUUUUAUUUUAUCUAAAGAAAGUUUCACUUGACUCAUAAAAAGCUAGCCCAUGAUUACACUAAGGAUACCCAAUAUUUAAGGGGCCCAUGAUUACACUAGAUUUCAUAUAUUUUAACACUUGUUCGCAUACCGUGAAGGUCUGAAAACAUAGGAAAGUUAGACACUGGUGAGUGAUGUGGCAAAGUUUGUCGCUGUUAUUUUGAAUUUGUUGAUGGAGAUUAUAAGAUUGUAAAUACUAGAAUAGAAAUGGUUGUGAUUACAAGGAAGUUGGUGUGGAUUGAUUCAUGUUGCAUGAAAAGAGCGUUGCAUGCCAAAUUGGUUUACAUAACCCAAAUUAAAACAUCUUUGUUUGUGAAGUGAUCUAAAUUUGGUGGGUGAGGUAACUAACGGUUGAGAAUGUUCAAUUGAGAGCAUGGAUCCAUCAUCUCUCAACAUUAUUGAGUUGGCAGAAACAGCAGGGCUUCAUGCAUUUGCAUGUAUAAUGUAAGGCCACCUUUCCUCUUGCCUCUCCACCCCCUCCCCUCCACCAAAGGUGCCAAUCAAGGAGGAGGAUCGGUACAUGCCGGAGAAGAAUAUCAACGUUUUAGUCGCAGCCAUGAACAGCAUCGAUGAAUGUUGCAAUGAUGAAAAUGGGAAAAUCACUGUUGGGGUGCCCUUACUUUACCAUUUCAUGGAGAACAACAAGAACGAGUCAUGUCUCAAGGAAGACCUCCAAGAAUAUCAUGAUUGCGAAGACGAUGAGGAUGACGAUGACGAUGAUGAUCUCGAAGGCUCAACUUAUGGAGAUGGGAACCAAAGCCCAGCUGAGCUUAAACUCAAGAUAAAGAAAUCGUUGCUUGAAUUACGUUGCAAGGUUGAAAACGCGAUUCUUGGGAACUUUUUGUUAGGGGAACCCAACAAGGACCUUGAACCAGAAGAUGUAGCAGUGAUGAGGGAACAGCUUAGAGAGAUUUCUAUCUGGGGUGUCCCUUUGUUGCCCAGCAAGGCUCAUGAAGGCACCGAUGUUGUUUUGAGGAAAUUCUUGAAGGCCAAAGAUUACAAGGUGAAUGAGGCCUUUGACAUGCUACAGAAGACCCUCAUAUGGCGACGUGAAAACAACAUUGAUGGGAUCACCGACGAAGAUUUAGGUCCUGAAUCUGCAAAUGCAGGAUUUUUGUGCAGUAGGGAUAGGGAGGGACGUCCUGUGUGUUACCAAGUUUGUGGGGUUUUCAAAGACAGACGCGUCUACAAGAAGACCUUUGGAUCACACAACAGAUGUGACAGGUAUUUGAGGUGGAAAAUUCAACUCAUCGAAAAGGCCGUCAAGAAGCUAAACUUUAGAGACGGAGGGGUGGACUCCAUAAUUCAGGUUUUUGAUUUGAAGAACACUCCCAUGCAAGGAACCAAGGAACUCAACUCACUCAGCAAAAAAGCUCUCAUUUUGUUUCAGAAUUAUUAUCCUGAGAUCAUUCACAAACAUGUCAUAAUAUAUGCUCCAUUUUGGUUCUACACGUCGCAAGUGCUAUUCUCAAGAUUCAUAAACCAGAGAAAUAAAAAGAAGUUCAUCUUAGCUAGGCCACAGAAGGUCACGCAGACCCUUCACAAGUUCAUAGCCCCAGAACAUCUUCCAUGUGAGUACGGUGGUCUCAGGAGGAACAACGAUGAAGAUUUCUCGCCUGCUGAUAAGGCUACAGAGAUCAAAAUAAAAGGAAACACUGUUUCAAAAGUUGAAUUUCCAGUGGCAGAGCUUGGAGUGACAAUAAUGUGGGAUGUAACUGUGGUGGGAUGGGAUGUGUGCUACAAGGAAGAGUUCAUUCCAGAUGAUGAAGGGUCGUACACUGUGUUACUGCAAAACCAAAACGUAGAGGGUAGCAGCACUAGAAACUCCUUUUACAUCAGUGAACCUGGGAAGAUAGUGAUAACAGUUGAAAACGGGACCUACAAGAAGAGAAAAAUGUUCUAUAGAUCUAAAGCCAGAACCACAGUUCCCAUGUUCAUCUUGUUAUAGCAGUAAAUCGCCUCACUUGAAAUGAAGACGUUGUACAUUCACACUGUUGCCAACGUGAUAUUGCUCGCAGAAUAGACCCUUUUACCCAUUGCUACAGAUUCAAAGCUUCUAGUUCAUGGCUACUAGAAUUUGAUUC